GAUAUCAGCUGAGGGUUGAGCCAUAUGAUAAUCGCCACAAUCGCGCCCCAUACGAGAACUCUAAACAGGGUUUCUUAGGAAAUGCUGCUCCUGCCGUUUCGAGCUGAGCACACGAGUCCCACCGACAGACCGCUCUAUUACAUGUACCCAGAUAAUUAUCCUACAUCAAAUGAUGAUGCCGACUCGCAGAAGCUGCAGAACGGUCCAGGGCUCUGGAUUCUUUCUACAGAUAACAGAACCGUGUGGCCGUCGUCGACGCUCCAGGUAGCUCACGGCUCAUUCUCGGUCAUCCUGACCCUGACCGGAGCGCGAUCCGCUCAGCGAGAGAGCGGCUCUAGAUCCAUGGACAGA